AUGAUGCUUUUACAUCAUGAUAGUGAUGUUUGGGGGGAUGAUGUGCACGAGUUCAAGCCUGAGAGAUUUGCAGAAGGUGUGUCAAAGGCAACAAAGGAACAAGCAUCAUACUUCCCUUUCGGAGGUGGUCCACGUAUGUGUAUCGGGCAAAACUUUGCUAUGCUGGAAGCAAAAUUGGCACUCGUUAUGAUUCUAAAAGGUUUCUCCUUCGAGAUUUCUCCAUUGUACGCACAUGCUCCACAUACUAUCCUCACUCUACAACCUCAACAUGGUGCUCAAUUGAUUCUACACAAACUUUAG